AGCAUGGUCUCGGGCCGGCCUCCGCCCGUCAGUCCCGCACGGCGCACUCCCGCCAGUCUACCCGAGACUCCGCACUGCGGCGGUGCCCUAUUACUAAUCUCCGUACUACCACUGUGCUACUUCUAAUCGAAGCGUUCAUUAUCAAUUUGACAACUACGAAACAUCUCUGGAUUUAUAUCCGGAUAUUGACUACGAAGUGAAUAAUUUACAGUUCAGUGUUGUGUUUGGUAAAACGCGAAUUCUGUGAGUUUUCUUAAAGGCUUCACCACUUCUGCUGUUUAUAUUGACGCCGAUUUUUAUCUUUGUGACAGAUUUGGUGCAUCGGUUGAAAUUUGUUAUAAAGCUGGAAAUUUUAUAGCGAUUCCAGUAAGAGUCAAAAUGAAGAAAAACAGAAAUUGUCAGAGUGGCUGGUGGGUGGUGCUGCUAACUGCGACCCUAGCUGUUCAGUCCGCGGCCGAAGCUGGAGUCGGAUUGUAUAAUGCCAAGCUGAAGCAAGUCACUACGUCAAGCACCCUGAAGUGGACCAAUCUGAAGAAGGAAUCUAUGAGCAACUAUGUUGUUGGGGCUGAAUCUGAACAAGGUCCCAUAUACCUUUGCAGAGCUCGACAUGAAGGUGAUAUGAUAUUAGGUCAAUUGAGGCCUGAUUACACAUCAUGCGCAGUUUCCGCAAGGAAAAGUUACAAUGCAUUUGAAGUGCUAGAAAAUAUCGAAAAUGCAUCUUUGAUCAAUUGGAUACCUUGGUUUAGAUUCCACGCUAAACCCAGUGGCGCUGUAGUUGUGGACUCAUCAGUGGAUUCAGUUUUCAUUGGAAGAAUGAAGGCCCAAAGCGGUUACUCUCAUUACAUCGGACGCAUUGCCUACGAAAACGUGAUUGGCCAGUUGAUUACUUUUGAUGACAAAAAUAACGAAAUGAUCGAGAAAAGCGGCGAGAUAUUAAAAGAAAUUGAGCCCAUUAGUUACAAAUUGGAGAAUGUGGAGUUAGACCGAACUACAGAACAUGUUCGCCAAACGGAACCAGAAGUGUUUGAAGAACGAAUUCUAAAAAAUGAGGACGAAGCCGGAGCUACUGUAACUACAGAAAUAGAAUACGAUUUCAACUACACAUUGUCUUGGGGUCAUGGGCAUGGUAUUGCCAUCGGCCUGAAUACGACAAUUGAAUUGGACGACGGCACUCAAUUCCCCCAAAUACAAUGGGCAAACCCGUUUACUGAGAGAAGAACCAAAUUACACAAACUGGAACAAUACCUGGAACCUGGUACUGCCUGUAAUGUUACAUUCAGGGGUAACCUUACAAACAGAGACGUCCAAUAUACUGCAAAAUUAGUAACAUUUUAUCUUGACAAUGAAUCGCGAUCGAGGGAAAUAAGAGGCCAACGUAUUGAAAAUACAUUAGAAGUAGAGGCAAUUUAUGGCGAGAUAUAUUUCUUAGCUAACAAUAGCCUAGUGCCGACGACAACUACUACUACCACAACUACUACCACCACCACCACGACAACUCCUCCGCCUGAGACCGCGCCGCCAGUACCUGAGGACAACGAUGUGGCAGCCAUGAAGAAAGCCGACCAACCCGAUCAGAUGGACAGCGGAGAUCUAGUGAACGAGAGUGGCGAGGGUAUGGUUAAAGCCUCUUUGCCAAAGGAAGACAUCAAGAAAUCGGUCGUAGGUGGACUCGGCAGCAACCCUAAUGGAGCAUCGAUGAAGUUCUUCACAAUCACGUUAUUGAUUCCAGUGCUUUCACUCUUACUGUAAAAUAUAUCAAAUUUAAUGCUUUUGUAUAUAGCAACAAAAAUAUCAUUAAAUAUAUAGUUGCUUGGUCGUUUAUACAUGUAUAUGUACGUUUUGGCAACUGAGCUUGAUGCUGUUGUUUUAAAUCCGAGGCGCGGUUGACACCAAUCUCGGUAAAAUUGUGUAAAUAAAAAUAUUUUUGAUUUUCUUGACAUUCCUGUUAUGUGAUUUCAUUCCAAUGUGUAAAUUGAGGAGCCAAAAUUAAUCGCAUAACUGUAAAUAGAUAUAUCUGUAAAUAAAUAGUUAACUGAUAUGGAAGUCGCAGAGCGGCGUGAGAGUAUCGUCAUUAUAAUGUAAUGAAGUGGAAACAUCGUAGGUAGGGAUAAUAAUACCGAGUGAAGAAAGACACUGUUACCAUGACAAGCUGUAAUAAAAUCACCUAUCAUAAUGUACCUUGGAUAACCUCAAGGCAGCAAACUCACAUUUGUGAUAUCAAAGUGUUUCAAAAUUCAAAAUCAAUCUUAUAAGAGCAAAAUAUGUUACCUACAAUAUUUUAAAUGUUGCAAUGUACAAAACACCAUGUUAGAUAAUUUUUAUCAUUUUGAUGAUGAAUCUCAUUUGAUAAAUUGUUUUUUCCUUGAAGGCUAAAGCCAACUUUUGAGUAAUUGUUAAUUUUAUUCACCGCAAGGUUACGUGUAAAGUUUUAAGUAAUUUAUUUUAAUCAUAUUCCGUUACCUAAUAUUAUCAUACUUUGGGUAUAAUUACUGAUUUAAUUAACUUGUCCAGUCGUACUUUUCAGCUUAACUUGCUUUGUAGAAUAGCAAUUUGUUGCACAGUAAAUGCAGAUACAUGACGCGUUUAAUAAUUAUGCAAAGUAAUGACCACCACUGUGGCUGCUGGCUAUCGUGGCAAUAGUGUGACGCACAGUUUAUUUAUUUUCGCGUAUUAGUAAUUAGAAACAUCGUUUAGUACCUCCUAUCUUUAAUAUUUAGUAUUACCUUAGUUAUAAUUGUUAUUUUUUAAUUUUAAGUUACAAGAGUCUAAACAUCCAGAAUUAAGAGAUAUUAUUAUUUUAAAGCAUAUAGUGUUUAUUCACAAAUAAUUUAUUUUGUUUUUAUUGUCUCUUUAUUAUACGAAUACAUCUAAGUUCAGAUAAAAUUAUAAUUACACUAUUAUAAAUAAAAACUUAGCACGAGGUUUAACUGAAGAUUUAAUAAAUCUAUGACUUUGUUGUUUAAGCCAAAGUUAUUCUUUGUAAGUUAGCCUACAUUUGAUAAUUUAGACCGUAACUGCAUAAAGUUCCAUCCCUCCGUGUAAUGAACAUCAUUCUUGUUAGUUGUUAGAUACAAGUAGACUCAUAGUUUUGGAAUCGUUUGGUAGUAGUAUGCUUAGCGGACUUUUGUCAAUGUGUAAAGAAAAUGGAUGAUAUUUUUGUAUGAAUUGAAAUCGAUUGUAAGUGUUCGCCUUAAUUGUAAGUGAACCGUCUUCGUCAUGUUGGGUUUCAGUACCAGUGUUAUAAUGGAGUGAUUCCAAAUGCGUCAGUAUUUCUGUUAAUUGAAUAAAAAACUUAAAAAUUGCAUCUCUUGAUAUACUUAUAAUUUAAUUAUUUAAAGUUAAAGCAUCGUCCCACCUAGUGUACCAUUAUUGGAUAAGAAUUAAAAUAUAAUAACAAAACAUAAUUAUAUUUAUUGGUCUCGUUUAGCUUCAAAAUAUUGUGUGUCCGGUAUAGAACGUUAAGCAAAACAUUUCGAAUGUCUUCAAGUGGAAAGUAAAGGCCUGUAUGUUCAACGUGUAAUAUUUUUAAGAUUGCUUCUAUUCCCCGUUAGUUAGAAAAUCUAUUCCAUAAUAUUAAGGCAUGUUCUAUUGUUGUACCUAUAUGUAAUUGAAAUAGACCCUGCUGUUUGGGUAGAUAUUAUAACAAUGAAUCUCAUGACAUCAACAUUGUUUUGCGAAGCAUAAUUGUGAUGUUCCAUGUAAGUUUACUUUGUUUAAAUUCAUUAAAGCAUUGAUUAAAGUGUAACUGAAA